AUGUCGGACGACGAAGACUCGGCACCGGUCCCGAAGAAAAGUCGGGUCUUCUAUGGGAGCCUGGAAGAAAAAGAACGCGAGCGUCUGAAUGCCGACCCCGCCGCAACAAACGAUGGCGUCAAGGCGGGAAUCGAGGCGGGAAACAUCAACGUCUCGUCCGGCGCCACGCUGGAGCUAGAGGAGCACAUCAACCGGAGGCAACAGGAAGCGCUGGCUGAGUUCGAGAGGAGGAAGCGAGCGCGGCAGAUCACAGUUUCCACAGACGACACUGAAGUCAAGGCCGGGCUGCGAGCGCUUGGGGAGCCCAUCACUUUGUUUGGGGAGGGGCCGGCGGAUCGGCGGGAGAGGCUGCGUGGCGUUCUGUCGGUGGUGGGUCCAGAUGCGCUGAAGAAGUCUAGGAGAGAUGAAGAAAGAGUCAAGCGAUCCCAAGAAGAUUGUAAUCAGACCUGGUACCACGAAGGCCCCGCCUCUCUCAAGGAUGCCCGUCUCUGGUUAGCCCGUUACUCUCUGCCCAGGUCCAUGAAGCGUCUGGAGGCGGCGCGGGCUCAAAAGGAAAUCUGCGAAGCCACCAGGACCAUCCGCCAGCAGGAGCUAAACAAAAGCCUGAGGAACUUGAACAACUUCUGCAGUCAGAUCGGCGACGACCGGCCCAUCAGCUUCUGCCACUUCAGCCCCGACUCCAAAAUGCUGGCGACCGCCUCCUGGAGCGGUUUGUGCAAGCUCUGGUCCGUUCCCGACUGCAACCUGAUUCGCACAUUGAGAGGUCACAACACCAAUGUGGGAGCGGUGGUCUUUCGCCCACGGGCCGGUGUGUCCCUCGACCCCUCGGACGUCAGUCUGGCCUCGUGCGCCGCCGACGGCUCGGUCAAACUGUGGAACCUGCUGAGCGACGAACCGGUAGCGAGCAUCGAUGAUCACAGCGAGCGGGUUUCUCGAGUCUGCUGGCAUCCGUCCGGAAGGUUUCUGGGAUCCACCUGCUACGAUCAUUCGUGGCGCCUAUGGGACAUGGAGGUCCAGGAGGAAAUCCUCCAUCAAGAAGGGCACAGUAAAGGUGUUCACGACCUCCAUUUUCAUCCGGACGGCUCGCUGGCCGCCACAGGCGGAUUAGAUGCUUUUGGACGAGUUUGGGAUCUGCGCACAGGACGUUGCGUGGUCUUCCUGGAAGGUCACCUGAAGGAAAUCUACAGCGUCCACUUCUCUCCAAACGGCUACCACCUGGCGACAGGAAGUGGAGACAACACCUGCAAAGUUUGGGAGCUGAGAAACAGGAAGUGCCUCUACACAAUCCCCGCCCACCAUAACCUGUGUUCGGGCGUCAGGUUCCAACCCACAGACGGCCAAUUCCUGUUGACGGGCGCGUACGACAACAUGGCCAAGGUUUGGAGUCACCCCGGCUGGAUGCCGCUCAAGACGCUGGCUGGCCACGAGGGGAAGGUGAUGGGCGUGGACGUGUCGCCCGACGCCAAACUCAUCGCCACGUGCUCCUACGACAGAACCUUUAAGCUUUGGGUGUCCGAAUAA